AUGUCAGACUCACCGACCCAAGUUGUUACAGCCAUUGAUAUUGUCAAUCAGCAAGACCAGCUGGAACGAGAAGCUCAAGAAGCGCUUCCCGGUAAAUUUGAGCAGUGUACUUUUUCUCAGGGUUAUCUACGACAGCCGUUGUAUGCUUGCAAGACAUGCAGUGGCGACAGUGAACACGCUGGCAUGUGUUACAGCUGCUCCAUGAUGUGCCAUGCCGAUCAUGACUUGAUCGAGUUAUUCCCAAAACGUCACUUUCGCUGUGAUUGCGGUGUAGCAGGCAAAUUUGGAGGUCAUGGUUGCACUCUGGCCUCUGAUGUCAAACUCAACGCUUCCAAUACGGAAAACAAGUAUAAUCACAAUUUCGCGGGUCGUUAUUGCAGAUGUGACCAAGUUUACAAUCCUGAUCAAGAACAAGGCACCAUGUAUCAGUGUUCUGUCUGCGAGGAUUGGUUCCACGAUCGGUGUAUAGGAGAUAUUCCAGAGAGUUUGGCGGACUUUGAAAGUUACAUUUGUCGACAAUGCACCAACGCUUAUCCUGUUCUUAUCAAUGGCCAUCACACAUCGGUUACUUUUGGCCUAGCAAAAGGAGACAACCUAAUUCAUCGAUGGGCUACCGAGCUGCAGGAGGAUAAGCAAACACUUGGUAUGAAACGGAAAAACGAACAAGAUACGGAGCCAGAACUUGACAGCAAACGAUCAAAGACGGAAACGGACAAUACUACACCGGCUGAAACCGCGCAACACGUAGAGUUAUUAUUAAAAGACGGAUGGCGAAAAGGAUUGUGCCAUUGUACAGAGUGUGAAAAGGCGUGGAAAGAUAAUCAUCUGGAGUUCCUCUUGGAAGAAGAGGAAACAUAUGAGCCAGAGGAUGACGAGGAUGCAGGAAAAUCCCUGCUUGAAGUGGGCAUGGAACAGUUGCAGCGAAUGGAUCGUGUCAAAGCGUUGGAAAGUGUGAUGGCUUACCAAAUGUUUGCGCAAGGGUUUAAAGAGUUCCUCAAAGGCUUCCAAGAAUCGGGCAAAGUGGUCCAAGAAGAAGACAUCAAAAGAUUCUUCAGUGAAAAGCAACGUGAACGUGAAGAACGAAAACGAGAACGAUCACUGUAG